AGAAGUCACGAUGUCACUCUUUAGGCGGAGCCUCCCGUCAUGCACCUUAAAUCGGUCUAUCGGUGCUAAGAAACGCAUCGUCUUCAACUCAGCUCGGAAAUGUCCUCGAUGAAGGACUUAAACGUGACCUUUGAAGCUAUCAACGAAGACGGUAGUUAUUCUGAAGGAGAUACUAUAGUGGGCAGUGUUAGUUUCAGGCUGACAAAAGAGGUUAAAGUUAAGAGCCUUUCUGUAAAAGCCAAAGGAGACGUCAAGGCAGAAUGGACAGAAGGAACAGGAUAUUUCCAGAUUACCCACACUGCAAAAAGGAGAUAUUUUAAAGUGAAGGAGUACUUAAUUGCAAGAAAUGGUAAAGGCACUGUACUUCCCAAAGGGGUCCACACGUUUAGGUUCGGGCUCAAAAUCCCAGAGGGGAGCAUGCCUUCAUCCUUCAAGGGGGUAUAUGGAAAAAUUGUGUACAUGUUUGAAGCAAAUAUGUCCAGAAGCUGGUGGUGGCCUUCUAAAAUUAAAAAGAAGAUCAACUUCAUAUCCAAGACGUUUCAACAGUUUUGGGAAGUGAUGCAUCCACAAUCUGGUACAGUGAGUAAAAACAUAGGUGGGCUCUCCCAGGGAUGGGUCCAAAUGUCUGCUACCACUGACAGAAAUGUUUGCACUCCAGGUGAAACUAUAUCUGUUGUUGCCAAAAUCUGCAACUCCUCUUCCAAGAACACGAGGCCCAAAUUCAAACUUGAACAAAAAACAGUAUUUCGCUGCAAUGAGUCUACUAAGAAGUGGGUGAUGAAUCUGUUCAAAGAGGUCGGGGAAACUAUCAGUCCAAACUCAGAGCGAACUGUCUCCUGCCAGUUGAAGAUUCCUGAUGAUGCCAUCUCCACUAUCCAUAACUGUGAAAUCAUCUCAGUUGAAUAUUACAUAAAGGUGUAUCUGGACAUUAGCUUUGCCUUUGACCCAGAGGUGGUGUUUCCACUGGUCAUCGUUCCUUCCAGAUAUGCAGCCAUUCAGCCUGGUGAGGCUGUGGGGCCUCACCUACCUGGGACAACUGUGGUCACAAGUUAAAGCAACUUCGCUUCCCCUACCUUCCACACUGGAUUUGGCUCUGAGCCCACAGUGUCAGGUCACUACCCCACCCCAGAUGCUACUCAGCAUGAUAAUAUAACAAGUGGCAAUUCUAACUAGUGGUCACACGGUGCUACUGCACAGGGGAUUUCAGCUCCAGUUUUUAAAGCACCUUUAAUGCAACAUCCAGGUCCUACUCUGACUACUUUUCUACAGGGGGAACAACCUCCAUUAUAUACGUCCAUUUACCAGCAUCAAAAUGAAACACUGUGAGUGUAAGUGAAUGGGCCAAAUGUUAAUAGCAGGGGACACCUCAAAAGUCACAGUUGGGUAUGGGUUAAACAGGGUUCAGAAGGCAGAAUCAUAAAGCUGCCCCCUUCUUGUUGAUGAUCAACUGGCAGGACAGAAUGAGGCCUUCCAGCUGUUGUCCCACAAAGGAAUUAAAUGUUUUAUACAAAAACUGUGUUUUUAAUAUUUAAUCUUUUGGAGGGAAAAUAAGACUAACUGGACAAAUCAUGAAUGUGUUCAGUUGCAGAAAGUUUCUAUGUCCUAUACCUUAUUUAGACGUAGCUGGCCAUAUACUAUACCUAGUAAUCAGAGCUGUACCCCAAAACUGUGACUUUUAAAGGGCCUGAAAAAAUGGGACUGGGGGUUAAAUCAUGUGACUGAGCAGUUUUCACCUCUUGAUAUCAGUAGGGUAACCAGAGACACAAGAAGUGACAGAACAAACAAUAAGAGAAGUAAGUGAUUUUCCUUUAGUCAGUCUUCUACUCUCUAUACUCCACAUAACAAUUUAUUUAACAACAGACAUGUUUUUAGUUAUAGAUCAAAUUUUUAUAUUUGUUAUUAUAAUUUUGCUUGUUUUUUCAGUGUUUUGAAAACUGGAAUGUAAAUGCAUUGUCUGUUGUUUUAAAUAUAUAUAAAAAACAAUGUCACAUAUUUGUGUUUAUGCUUAGAGAUUUAAGGUGAAAGGUCUGUUUAGCAGUGUUAUCCUUAGGAGUAUGCUGCACUUUACUUUGAAAAAUGUUGAAUUGUUUAUGUUGUUCUAUGUAUGGUGGCAUAUCAAAUUCUUGAGGCAAAACACUUAGCAUUACUCCUAGCUUAUGGUUUUCGUGAUGACCAACAUGGUCUCUGUUAAACCACUUACUGUUUUAUACUGCAAUGCCUUCACUGUCAGCUGAAACAGACUCAGAAGCACUUUUCACAUCUGAUUACUGUCAAUGGGAAGCUUUUGUUUUGAAAAAUUGCUGAUAAAAUCUUAUAACUGAGAGCUUUCAUUAUUAAAAUUAGAUGUUUCUGAGCACUGUGGUCAUAGCAUGACAGCAUCUUGAUAACAUCCAAUAAAAUAGCUUGAUGGAUGGUUAAAGGAAUAAACUGCCACCAGGUGAAUGUCUAAACUUGGAUGUAUGUGUCACAGUGCUAUCAAAGGGAUAGAGGGUCAUUCCUCAACCUGCACAGCAGCUGCAAUGUAAUGUGUUAUCGUAAUGUACAUGAAACAAAGAAGCUUUAUAGAAGGUUUUUGGUUAUAAUAUAAUGAUUACUUAUUAGUCAAAGCUGAAAAAAUCAAGAGUAAAGCCUCUAAUAUAUUGUAGAAAAUCAGCGGUUGCCUUCUGUGGUAAAACAGUUAUUUCCUAAGAUGAACUGGAACAAAUUGGAAUAUUAAAACAUUAUGAAAAUGCAAACGGUUAAUUGGAUUUUUUGAUGAAUCCAGGGGGACAAACACAUUUUGGCUGUGUGUGAUGAGAGAAGAGAUUGGUUUGCCCUGAGCAAUAGUAUAGCAAGUUGCCAUAGAUAAACGCUGGACUUAAGAAGAUUGUAGCAUAAAGGUGAGAUAUAUUGCUUUUAAGAGCUUUGAACAGUGGUGAUGACCAUUUUUACCGCACACAACAUGUCAGUAACACUCUGCCAUUAUAUGCCCAAUUUAACCAAGCAGGGGCGUGGGGAGGGAGAGAGUGAGCGAGCAUGGCAAAAACAUCUCGCCAGCACAAAAGUAGCUAUGAUAGGUAACAGAGAACUGCACAAGAGUUUAGACUCAGAAUAAAAACACUGUAAAGAACGUUUUGACUCAUCUACACAUGUUAGAGCAGGUCAGUCAUUGUGAGUGCUUGCAUUUAUUUAUGUCCUUCCGUUUUUGCUCUGAGCUCAUAGUUUUCCACCGCUGCCUCUUUGGGAGAUGCACCAAUGUGUUUUCUCACACCUCUGUGUGUUUGUACAUUUCAUCAUACAAAAGUGGUAAGUGUGGUCAGAGAUUUAGGGGGCAGGUUAUUCUACUUUCCAUUGUUUGCCUCACUUUUAACACAUUUAGGAAGAGUGUUACCUUUUCCAUUAAAGACCAUCACUGAUUUGUUAAGAAAUUGUUUUUUCUUUUCUUUUCUCCACUUCCAACGAGAGUUACACUAGGUAAUAAUGUCAAGAAUAAUGCUACAUACUACUUUUAUAACAUACGUUACGCCCUACUGUGGGAACUAUUUAAGAAAAACCAUCAAAAAACCACUGAAUGCCCACACGUCAACUUGCCCUACAUGCGAUGCAUGCAAGGAGCAGUUAGGAAACCACAAUAACUUACCGCAGCAUUUCAUCUCCUGUGGGGAAACAAAAAACAAGGUUAGGUCACACUACAGACUGACAGUUGGUUCCCAUCUAUUGAGCGAUACUAACCAGUAUAAAAACUAAAAACAGCCAGGCAGUCUGAAGCAGCAGUCUGGUGUGAAAAUCAGAAAACUGGAAUAUAUUUAUAAAAACAAUCACAAAGCUCACAGGGGGUAAUCCUCCUGCUUUACCAAACUUUACCAAAACUGUCCUAAAGAUUAAACACAGCGCUCAAUACUAAGCACCAUAUUGACUCAGACCUAACACUGUUAUCUUUGCCCUACGUCUUUAGCAAUGGACCACUCUAGUCCAGUCACACCACCAAUCUCAACAAAGGAUUUCCUUCAAAUACUGACACCUCAAAUUAAGAAAUCCUAACUGCUUGCACUCGCCUAUGGGUAGCGCUAACUCCUAGAUUCCAGCUCUCACACAACUAAUUAAUUAAUAAUCUACUUACAAUUUUAUCUGUUGGAAAUCCACCACUAGAUGGAGACAAAUAGGUGAGAAAAAGCAAAUGUUUGUACUGGAUGUUUGUAGAGGAUGCUGAGUAUUUUUUUAUUUAGCCUCAGAGCUUUGUGAAAGUGAGUAACUUGUAUGUAAAUGACGAAAUAUAUGUACAACAAUCAGAGCUUAGAGAAGGAUAAUAUAUAGUUUCAA